CCCCCAUCCGCUCCUGCUGCUGCUGAGGCCGAGACAUGAAUGCGAUGAAUGUGGGGCUCACUUCAAAGCAGAUCGCGAGGGCAGCGAAAGGGGUGUUGUAAUGUCGUCAGCGAAGGAAAAACGCAGCGCGAGCGAACGCUAUCCCUUUUUAGAUGGCCGUUUCCCCCCCGUGCAUAAGUGGGAUAAUCGUAUAUAUUGACGUUUUUAGUGAUUAAAGAUGGCUAGCGGUGACAACGUGUUCUCACACUAGUUGAGUCUGAACCGUUGAGUGGAUCAGCAGAACAAGCUCACUAGAAAUGUCGGCUCGUGCACUCAAAGAUGGUGAAAGUGUUUUUUACCGUCUAUGCUCACUUGUUCGGGAAGGUCUCGCGCCGCACGUACUUCCUAUCCUCGCGCGUUACGUUCUUUGAUGCGGUGGAUGUUCGCCGUAUUUAUGUUUUUAAGUACUCAUAGCUUGUUUUGAUGCUAGCUAGUUAGUAGCCUCUUUCAUUUUACACCCGGCGGUGUUUACCGGGGCUUUGUUUUCAAAUAACAGCGUUUGUGUGCGUAAAAUGUUUAUAAAUUCGCGUCUUGUGCUGGAUUAGCCUGCUAGCUCAUCGCCAUUAAAGUUCGCGCUGUUAAAGUUAUUGACUAGGGAAGCUCAAGGUUUCUCUCCUCCUUAGCUGGCUUCAUCAAGCACAUCAGACGAAAUGUAGCUGGCAGGCAGUCACAGGUUUUAAGGUCGGAACUUGAAAGUGUUGGAUUUAUGGUUGGUGUCAUAAAUCGUGUCACAGGAGGAAUUCUUUUACAGUGGCAUUAAUAGAAGUCUGGAUAUAAACUUUCUGCCUUGCGGGCUGUACUGGGACAGGGUGCAGGGACACUAUGAGCAUGAGCGUAAACGAGAACUCGUGUUAUCUAGCAGACCCGGGCAGCAGCUUCACUGAGGAUGCCCCCAGACCCCCGGUCCCCGGGGAGGAGGGCGAUCUGGUGUCCGGCGAUGGACGGCCACAGUACAGCCACAGUUUUUACUCGUCCAAGAGCGAGAGCCUCAAGAACGAGGCCCCCAUAGCUACGCCCAGAAGACCCGACCUGGAUCUGGGCUACGAGCCAGAGGGUAGCGCUUCCCCGACGCCGCCCUACCUGAAGUGGGCCGAGUCCUUGCACUCGCUCUUGGACGACCAAGACGGCAUCCACCUGUUCAGGACUUUCCUCAAGCAGGAGGAGUGCGCCGACAUGCUGGACUUCUGGUUCGCCUGCAGCGGCUUCCGCAAGCAGGAGAACAACGAGGGCAACGAGAAGAUGCUGAAGCUCGCGAAAGCCAUUUACAAAAAGUACAUCCUGGACAACAACGGGAUCGUGUCGAGGCAGAUCAAACCGGCCACCAAGAGCUUCAUCAAAGACUGCGUGAUGAAGCUUCACAUCGAUCCCGCCAUGUUCGACCAGGCUCAGACCGAAAUCCAGACCAUGAUGGAGGAAAACACCUACCCUUUGUUUUUGAAGUCCGACAUAUACUUGGAAUACACCAGGACGGGCGGGGAGAGCCCCAAGCUGUUCAGUGACCAGAGCUCGGCGUCAGGGAAUGGCAAAAUCCUGCCGGGCUACUUGCCGACUGUGAAAGAAGACGAGGAAUGGAGGUGCGACCAGGAGCAGGAGCAGAACUCCGAAAGCGACCCCACUCCCAGCAACAGGCUGACCCAGAAGCUGCUCAUGGAAACCGUGCCUCAGCGGGUGGCCAACAGUAAAAGAUAUCAGGACAACCGUGAGUACAGACACGCGUCAUGGAGGGAGCCAGUCAAUCCGUACUACGUGAACACCGGCUAUGCGCUGGCUCCUGCCACCAGUGCCAAUGACAGCGAGCAGCAGAGCAUGUCCAGCGACGCAGACACUCUCUCCCUGACCGACAGCAGUGUAGAUGGGGUCCCACCUUAUAGGUAUCGUAAACCGCAUCGACGUGAGAUACACGAAAGUGCCAAAGUUAAUGGGCGAGUGCCACUACCUCAUAUUCCUCGCACUAACCGGAUACCAAAGGAUAUUCACGUUGAGCCGGAGAAGUUUGCGGCGGAGCUGAUCAGCAGGUUGGAGGGGGUGCUGAGGGAACGCGAGGCACAAGAAAAGCUGGAGGAGCGGCUCAAGAGGGUUCGACUGGAGGAAGAAGGCGACGAUGCAGACGUCUCCACCGCUCCCUCCCUGGCCAAUCACAGGGUUCCUCCUGCGGUCCACAUGCAACAUUAUGGCGGUCGCUACUCUGAAACGAGCUACAACGGGCUGCAGCUACGCGAUGCUCACGAGGAAAACCCAGAGAGCAUCCUGGAUGAACAUGUGCAGCGUGUCAUGAAAACCCCCGGCUGUCAAUCUCCAGGCACGGGCCGCCACUCUCCAAAGUCCCGCUCCCCAGACGGGCUGCCGGCGGGCAAGAUUCCCGGGCUUUUAAUGCCACUGUCUGGUGGCCAAGGCAAGCACCAGGCUCGGCUAGGCCCGAAGGGUGAGGCGGCGCACCUGCACCAUCACAAACACGUUUACCACACACACUAUGCCGCGGGGGGAAAGCCCAAAGAACAGGUGGAGGCGGAAGCCACGAAGAUACACGGGAGCUUACCCUGGAACAUGGAGCAACACCACUAUGGACCCAAGUCACGCAACUAUGCAGAUGGCAUGAGCGUCGGUCCCAACGGCAUGGACCCCAUGGGUUACGGCAGUAAAGGCAGCACUCUGUCAAAGCGGCCGGUCAGAAAAGGGGAAGAUGGCCGUAACUAUGAGAUGCGAGAGCCCUUGCCCCUGGAUGAAAUGGAGAGGAACCAGAAGAUACUGCAGUGGAUGAUGGAGGGUGAGAAGGAGGCUGUACGCUAUAAGAGGAGCCCUUACGGCAGCAUCUCAGGCUCCAAGAAAGCUCCGAGUCACGAGGUGUCGAGGCCCAGUUCGGUGGAGCGGCCGGGGGCUGUGCACCCUUGGGUGACCGCUCAGCUCCGCAACAGUGUGCAGCCCUCCCAUCCCUUCAUCCAGGACCCAACCAUGCCCCCCAACCCAGCCCCCAACCCCCUCACACAGUUGGAAGAGGCCCGCAGGCGGCUUGAGGAAGAGAGGAGGAAGUCUGGAACGCUGCAGGCCAAGCAGAGGUAUGUGAUGGAGGUGAUCCAGAGGGGUCGCACCGCUGUCAGGCCCGCUCUGUUUCCCACGCUCAGUGUGGUGCCCGCCGUCUCCGACACGGAGCUCUCCGAGUCAGAGCAUAAGAAUACGAAGAAGCAGCCCUGUGAGAACAUCACCGUGGCCUAUUACUUCUGCGGGGAGCCCAUCCCGUACAGGACGUCCGUCAAAGGGAGGAUUGUCACUCUGGGACAGUUCAAGGAGCUGCUUACCAAGAAAGGGAGCUACAGGUAUUAUUUCAAGAAAGUGAGCGACGAGUUCGACUGCGGAGUGGUGUUCGAGGAGGUGCGGGAAGACGACGCCAUCCUGCCCAUCUUCGAGGAGAAGAUCAUCGGGAAAGUCGAGAAGAUCGACUGAGACGGGAAGAGAGGGAAUGGGUCUGCAGAGGAGCAGCAGCAGCAUGUGGAGAACGAGAGGGAGCUGCGAGCAGGUGCUGAGAUUGGUACAGCGAACGUGGACGUGCGGGCGAGCGAGAGGUGCAGAAACGGGGAAGGUUGCUGUGGAAAGUACACUAUUCACUCCGAGGCUUCUACCUCUGCACAAACGGCUUUCAAAGUCAAGUCAAACAGCUGCUCAGUGCUCAAGAUCACUGCGUUGUGCACAGCGAGCCCUUGGACUCACAGAGACGAAAGCGCGAGGCAGCGUUCUCUCACUUUUUGCUAUAUUUCUAACUCUGAAAAAUGUAAUGUAGCAAUGUAAAGUUAGCCUAGAGAAAAAGUACUAUGAGAAUAUGUUUACUAAAGCUGCAUAUUUUUGAUAUGACGUAUCAGAAGGAACAUAUCCUUUCUAAUUUAACAACUCUUGUAAUUUUAUAUGUACUGGUACCAGAUAUGUACAGACUGUCUGUUUAAAAAGGAAAAAGAGAAAGUUUUAUAUCUAUUUAAAUAUUUAAAAAAAGGAAGAAAAAAAAAGAGAAAUCGGUUCAACCCAUAUCAACCUGACCCCCGAAACGGUGGUAGAUUUCACGAAGCUGCGGUCACAGAGGCUGUUCGAGGAGAGGAAAUCAUAACCCACGCUUUCCCAAGUGCUUUUAACUCCUAAAACCGGUUUGUAAUCAGUCCACAUCAGUGAGGGAGGAGUCACUUUUCACGGCAUUAUGCAUUGAUGUCAAGGGAGAAUCGCUUCAAGCGAAAGUCCAAUACGACUAUGCCUUCACACGAUGUCAUGACAUGCAUAAUGCGUAAUCCCUCUUCUCUUCUCUUCACGCACACCAUGUUUUUGAGUGGAACAACUGUAGGCCUGUAGUUUAUAUCCAAAAUCUGUAAGGUUGCUUUCCAGGUGCUCGCUCGAGCGUGUAAGACCCACAGCGGCACUGACGCCUGUUUAUGAGCAGGAGAAUGUGAGACUUGAGGAAGAAGAGGACACGAAGUUCUGGUCGUCCUGGGGUCCAUCGUCUACCGAGUGCCAUUGGACAAUGUAAUGAUCAUGUUUACACUUACCUUAAUGUAUUACAGAACAAGAAACGAAUAAAGAAUUGUAGCCUUUUCAGUUCAACUCGGCUAAAUGCGGUGCCUGGCGAGAAUGGUUUUUAAAAAAUGUAGUUUUAGCCUAACGUGGUCUGCCUUGAGAUCAUGAAACACCAAAGAGAACAAUCUAUCACAGGAGCCGGUUGAAAUCCGUUUGCGUUGUUUCGGCGACGAAAAUGAAGCUCCUCCAUAGAGUUUUCAGGCUGCGUGUCGUAACGAAACGUGUAGUAACCGCUAGGGAAGUGGUGCUGUAACGUUAGAAUGUUUGAUUUGUUGUUCUGGCAUCCCAUCUUAAUGCUAGUUUUUAAAUUUUAAAUUCCCGGUGUAGUUUGAUUUUUAAGUUGCCGUUGUCGUCGAUGUUUUUUUUUUUCAGUGAUGUGUUUUUUUAGUUGUUGUUUUUUUACCUUCAUUCAAUUGGAAUUAUUUUGGUUCUCCAUCAACUUGAACAAUAUGGGUACUUGAUGCAAAAUAUGGAACAUUUCUCAUGUUUGUUUUGACUCAUUUUAAUUACGGUGUAAUUAUCAACUUGGAUGUAAAGAGUUAACUACUGUGAAUAGCUUGGAUGUGAGCUCUUCUCAUGAUGGAUGACCUGUACAUAGACGUCACAGAGUGCCUUUCUCACCAUUCUCAUCUCUGAUCCACUGUUUGUUCUCCUCACUCCAUGUGUCCAGUACCAGGGACUUGCAUUAUGUUUUUAAGUUUCUUAAGAGUUUUUGUUUUUGUUAGAUUCCUAUGCGAAGAGCAUCAACACACUUAAAGUCUUUCGAUGUAAAUAUGUACAUUUUUUUUUUUGUUUGUUUUUUUGUUUUUUAAUGCGUCUUCAACUACAACCAGCAACCCAAUUUGGAUAUUUAGUGCCCUGGUUCUGCUUAAGUGUGCCGAGUUGUACAGUUAUCAUUUUAUGGUACUUUGGACAAUAAAGAUAUGUAAUAAACGAAA